GCCCCGUAGUAACCGCCUGCGCCGCCUCGCGCUGCUGCGGGCGCGCCCCGCUUCUGGCCGGGUGCCGCUCUGAGGGGGACGCAGGACCCUCCCGUGGGGGCCGGAGUCUCACACGGGCUCGGGCACGUUAGCGAGUCUGAGCUGUGAGGGGAGAGAAAUAAAUAAAGUCCCAACUUCCCCCCAUUUGCGGGAAGUAGAGAAAAAGCCGCUGAUUAUGGCACCAUCUGGAAGAAAGCAUUCAGGGAAAGCUGGUAAACCAAUACAGGAAGAUCAAGCCUUAUGUGCCUAUGACUUUCAAGAAGAGGAAAAGAAAAACUUGAGUGGAUCAGAAGAAGAUAUUAGGGAAGGUGACACUCCAGUAAUUGAAAAACAUGGAAAAAAAAGACCAUCAGUGACUCCUCAUGCGGUAGUUGAAGAAGAUGUGGGGGGUGAAGUACAGACUAUGUUGGAACGAUUUGGAGCUGACAUUAACAAGGCUCUCUUGGCUAAGAGGAAAAGAUUAGAAAUGUAUACUAAGGCCUCUCUUAAAACCAGUAACCAGAAAAUUGAACAUGUUUGGAAAACACAGCAAGAACAGAGACAGAAGCUCAACCAGGAGUAUUCCCAGCAGUUCCUGACUUUAUUUCAACAAUGGGAUAUGGACAUGCAGAAAGCAGAGGAACAGGAAGAAAAACUAGCGAAUAUGUUUCGCCAGCAACAGAAGGUUUUUCAACAAGCAAGAAUAGUUCAGAGUCAGAGACUGAAAACAAUUAAACAGCUGUAUGAGCAGUUCUUAAAGAGUAUGGAAGAACUGGAGAAAAAUCAUGAAAACCUUCUAGCAGGUGCACAAAAUGAACUUCGCAAAGAAAUGGCUAUGUUGCAAAAGAAAAUCAUGAUGGACACUCAACAGCAAGAGAUGGCAACUGUACGCAAGUCUCUUCAGUCCAUGUUAUUCUGAUGGCUCAGUGAAGAAACAACUUGCACCUAAGUAACAUGAC